GACUUGAGUCCGCAGUCGCUCACCGGUCGUGUGGCCGUAGGCACGUUAAUGUGGUGUUUCCUACUCCGCUGCUAACUAUAACAUAAACAAUUUGUUAAUGUUCUCAAGAGCAAGCUAUAAUCUUAUCCAAUAUCGACAUUGAAUGAUACGUUAUCAUUUAUCACAAAACAUGACGCGGUGAUUGGUGCGCUAAGUUAUGCGACUCAGUGGUGAUUAAAUUUUUACAGUGCUGUGUCAUGAGUGAGUUUUAAAGCUAGAAGUGACCCUAUUGUAACAGUUAAAGAGCGUGUUCACGAUGUCCUUGUUUAAGAAGAAAGCUCCAAAGUAUACUCCUCCGGCUCCUCCCGCGGAGGAGAUCCAUAACCAGCCUAACGGUGUUGACAAUAACAACGGGGCCCAGAAGUCUCAGUUAGUGUUUCAUUGUCAGCAAGCACAAGGAAGUCCACUUGGUCUCAUCUCAGGAUUCUCGAACGUCAAAGAGCUAUACCAAAAAAUAGCAGAAUGCUAUGACUUCCCACCUGAAGAUAUUUUAUUCUGUACUUUAAAUACUCACAAAGUUGACAUGAAAAAAUUAUUAGGCGGACAAAUAGGAUUAGAAGAUUUUAUAUUUGCACAUCGGAAGGGACGACCGAAGGAGGUGGAAAUAGUGAAAACAGAAGACUCUCUGGGCUUGACGAUAACGGACAACGGUGCUGGUUACUCGUUCAUCAAGAGGAUAAAGGAAGGGUCUAUUGUAGCCAGAAUACCACACAUUGAGGUCGGAGAUCACAUUGAAAGACUGGACGGGGAGAGCAUGGUCGGAAAGAGACAUUAUGAAGUAGCGAAGAUACUGAAAGAAAUACCCAGAGGAAGUACGUUUACCAUUCGAUUGGUAGAACCUUUGAAGAGUGGGUUCGGCAGUAUUGGGCCGAAAUCCAAUGCUAAAUCUAGUCGGAAACAGAAUUACGGUUCGGGGAAGGAAACGCUGCGGUUUAAAGCCAAUGGGCCAGCAACUAUCGAGAACGAGCAUGACGACAGGUCAAAAGCGGGAAUAGAGAAGAUAAACGAACUGCUGGAGUCUUUUAUGGGAAUAAAUGACACUGAGUUGGCGACACAGAUGUGGGAUCUAGCUGAAGGAAAAACUAAUUCCAUGCAACUCGCCGAGGCCAUAGACAAUAGUGAUUUACAAGAAUUCGGAUUUACAGACGAGUUUAUAAUUGAACUGUGGGGUGUGAUAACGGACGCGAGAUCCGGACGUCUCAGUUAAAGAUUGGUUGAACAAACAAUUGCAGGUCUUCAAACCUUAAGGAGUAACUCUUAGUUACGGUGAGACUCUAUACUAAUGUCGAUCGUUCUACAUUUAAAUGUUCAUACUUUUAAUAUGUACACUACCGGUGCAUUAUAAACUUUCCUGUGAGGUCCGUAAGUGCAAUAGACAGUGCAUAUACGCCUUAAUGUAAUAUAACGUCUCACGGGCACCUAGUCUUUGACAUUGGUAUAGAAGUUAUUAUACAGCAAUGUUUAUUGAACCUAUCUUUAGGUGGUUCUAAACGGGCAUUAGUUUUAGUGUCGUAAGCUAAUAUAUGUAGAUAAUGUGUAGGAGCCUUACAAAAAAUAUAAGUUUCGUCAGCGUCAGCGAAACACAAAUGUGAACCACAGGAGGGUACUAUUGCAGACAAUAUUGCCAUACUAUACGCCGCAUCAAGAAGUUCUUGACGUAGCGGGGCUGUGGUCGAUGAUAUACAGCGAAAUUUAUCUGUAAAAAUAACACAUAUAGAAGCCCCUUUGUAGAGACACACAAAAAAAAAACUUCAACAAUGGCACUCCGUCAGUUCGCCGGUAACGUGUUGUUGUGUCUGUGGUGUAAAUAGAGUUUUCUAUUUGUUCUGACAUUUUCUUGAAAUAUAACUGUAUUAUAUUUGAUUAUUUAAACUCGGUACAGUUAUUGAGCGAUGAAGGCGCCGAAGUUGAAAAAAUGGUCUCAUUGAUUGGGAUGUAUAGAUCUCGCGUAGUGUACAAUCUGCGAUCGUCACACUGCUCGAUAUCAAUCCAGGCGAAUAUUAAUAUGCGCACUAGUUAAGCUGAGAGCUGACGGUCUGCGCCGGAAUCUAUAUGCAAUAAGAUUAGAAAAGAAACGCUCAUUAAAACUGUAUUAGAGUAAUGAUAUUAUAAUGAUGACCAUUCCGAGAAAGUUAAUAUGUUCUUAUACUAGUAACCAGCUAGGCCUUAUUAGUUGUGUGGAAAUAAUUUCAAUAUCUUACCAGAGAUGUAUUUAUACAAAAUCAAUAAUCCUUAGUCCCAAAGUCUUAGGGCUAUAUCUCACUGGGACACCACGGUGGCGCAACCAGUCGCCGCUACCAACAAAAUGUAUUACCACAAUAUGUCUGGUGUCUAGUUAGCUACCCGACACCACAUUGGCGCGGUGUCCCGGUGAAAUAUAACCCUUAAAUAUUGCCUUAUUUCUAAUGAAACGUGUGCCUUGAUAUAAUAAUUAAUAUAUUAUGUAAAAAUUAUUUAUAGUUAAUAAAGUAUUAAUAUAAUUCGUGUACGAAGUACCUAGUUCGAUGAUGCUGUAUAAAUAAAUACAUUAUGAGAAUGAA